AUGGCUUCUACGAACGGCUCGGCGGUUGCGCAUGCGUACUACCCCUUGGGGGUCAUCAUCCCCGGGUAUGCGGCCAACACGAUGGAUGCGCUCGAGCUCGUCUCGUACUUUGGCCUGGGUUGCGGUGCCGUCCUCGUGCCCACGUACUUUCUGAUCCAGAGCAAGCGGCCCGACCUGCGCAGCUGGGAGGUGUUUGCCGCCCUGUGGUUCGUCCUCUGCGGCUUCAUCCACACUUUCUUUGAAGGCUACUUCGCCUACAACUUCAAGGACAUGGCCAGCAAGCUCGACCUCUUCGGCCAGCUCUGGAAGGAGUACUCCCUCUCCGACUCCCGCUACCUGACCCAGGACUCGUUCCUCGUCCCCAUGGAGUCCGUCACCGCCUUCCUCUGGGGGCCCAUGUCCUUCUUCAUCGCCUACGCCAUCGUGACCGGCCACCCCCUGCGCCACUCGCUCCAGCUCAUCGUCAGCGUCGGCCAGAUCUACGGCGACAUCCUGUACUACGCCACCUGCACCUUCACCAUGCUCAUGGACCAGAAGCACUACUGCCGGCCCGAGAACUACUACUUCUGGGCCUACUACUUCCUGUGCAACGCCUUCUGGAUCGUCAUCCCGGGAGCCCUCGUCUUUCAGAGCAUUGGCGCCACCAAGCGGGCGUUUGCUCAGCUUCAGAGCUUGGAGAAGGUGAAGAAGGGUAAAUAG